AGCACGUGACAAAUAAUGAAUAUUUAUUUUUAUUAAGUACAUUUAUAAUUGUUAUAUUCUUGAAACGUUACAGUGAAAAAAGUGUUUACAUUUCACUAUUAAAAAUCAUUAGUAGGAACUCUGAAUUUACUAGAGAAAACUGCACAAAUACAAAAAACUGGAACAGGGGCAAAUACCUUUUCACAUCAGUGUAGUAUUGGAGUGACUGUUGAUGUGGAGGUGAGCUUGAAGAACCCAAGUGCAGUUUAAUAAUUCCAAACAUAAUCAAACAUAAAACAAAGACUUGGCUUGGCUUGAUUUGACCUGACAUGACAAACGGGGAGCACAUGGCAAAACAAGACAUGAAUCAUGAACAUUGAACAAAACUACAACUAGACAUGGCAGUUGAUAAUUCCGGUUGCUGACUGGUCUGUCUGUCUGUGGGUGUGUUUGUCCAGCCCUCUGGCAGGCUUUAUUUAAGACAGAAAUCUGUCAGACAAGCAUCUCAGACUUGAUCGAGGACAAGCUGCUCUUCUGACUCCGUCUACAGUCAUCCAGGUUCAGACACGAUGAACAUCAUUAUUCCCAAGAGCAAAACAAAAGGCACUGACUUCUGUGGAGCGGGCGACUACUAUUAUAUAAUCCGCUCUGAUCUCGGCUGCUAUAUGAAGACAAGUGAUUUAACUAAAGGUUCAGACAUCUCUAUUUUCAGUCUGCACCCUGCCUGCAAAGAUGGAGACCAUUACCUUGCAGAUGAAGAUGGCUCCUUUUACAUCAUCAAGGGAAAGUCGUUCCACAGAGUCAAGAACCUGACGACAGACAGCGGUGCUGAAGUUCACAGCCUUCAUCCCAACUGCCGGGGUGGAGACCACUACCUUUCAGCCUUUGGCAAUUUUUACAUCAUCUUCAAAGCAAAAGGCACUUAUCGAGUGACAAACGACUUGCAUCAAGACACAAAUAGUGCAGAAUACAAGCUGCACCCAGACUGCCAAAAUGGUCUCUAUUAUUGGGGCAUGCCAAACCACUGCUACGUCCUCAAGCCAGCCUCAAAGUGGGGAGUUGAGUUCUGCGGCAGUACCGACCUCAGCAAAGAUAAGUACUUUGGUGUCUAUUCUGUUCAUCCCGAUGUUCUUAACUUCCUCCCUGGUGGGCUGUCAGUAACUAAAGGUCCAGCCUUUGGCAUUUGGGAGAAUAUUAAAACUAUAACUAAUGAGAGCAAUACACCAGUGACAUGGACAAAGAAAAUCAAUAAAAAGGUGGGAUACAAUAAGGAGAUGAUGACCCAGAUCACACACAACUGGAAGAUAGUCUCGACUGACUCUGGAGACCUAGCAGGAUUAAUUGCGAAGGUUCAUUUCUCCUUUUCUGCAGAAUAUGGAGGUUCUCGUGUCAACACUGAAAAUGAAAGCUGGAACGAAGCGACUGAAGAGGAAGAACAACUCACAUUUGAGCUGAAGCCAAAAGAGUCUGUAUAUCUGUGGCAGUACAGAAUGGGUCUUGGUGAAGAACCGGUGUUGUUCUGCCGUGAUUUAAAGAUCACUAAAGAUCCAAAGCCUCCGACUGAAGUCCCGCUGCCACCCACACAAUCAUGAAAACAUAUCAGGAUGCUUUAACCCCAAGGAUAACGAAGUUCUUCAGUUAAAUGCCUUAAUUAUAACUUCUCGAGUGAUUAUUUAGAUAUCCGCAUGCAUUGCUUAAAAUGAGGCUGGAAUUGUUUAAUAUUGCAAAGAGAUUUUUCAGUUACAGUCAAUGUAACUACAAAUUACAACAAUAUUCAUUACGGUAUUAUUGAAAUGUGUG